CACGCCACAUACAGGCAACAUGGCCGAAGAGCGAGCGGCGCAUCACUUGCUGAAUGUACUGGAGGAGCGAGGUCUAGAUGCGAAUCUAGAUCUCGACAAUGUGCUUCUCGCGUUCGAAGACGACGACAUCAAGAGGGAGGCUGCGGCGUGGGUCGAAGAAUAUUUGCACGAGGAUACGCUGCUGACAAAGGAAGAGCUGGAACUGUACCAGACUCUGAAGAAAAAGGGCAUCUUGCACCAGUAUGAAGCCGAAGAGGAACCUGUCCGUCCCAUCUUAGACCAUGAGCUCGCUUCGGCGAUAGACUCGUUGCAAACAUCGACUGCAGCGAUCGAAGAGCAGUGCAAAGUGCUUGAAGCCCAGAAAGAGGCGCUCAUGAAGUUGAAGGCUCUCGAUAAGCCAAACUUUCAUGUUGAGCAUGAACGCAACGAAAGGAGACGCAAAGAAAAUCAAGAGAAAGCUAGACUUGGCGUAUCUGUCAACGAUGUGUCCACAACGAUCAACGAACAGCUCGCUGAUACCCAGCGCGACAUUGACGCCGAAAAAGCUACGCUAAGAAGCUAUCUCACAGAGCGACUCGCCUCAGACGAUCAAAUACUGAGCCGUUUACCGGCCAUCGUCUCUAAGAUUGUGACUGAACCUGAAGUCAGCGAGGAUGAAAAGUCCAUUGAGCAAUGGUGCAAAGCCAUCAUCUCGUAUCGCACAGCAGAGAUUAAAGCCAAAGUAGACGCUGUGUACCUCAGCAGCUUGACAGACUAUUCCCCUAGAGAUCUCCCUGUUGCAUCCGAAGAAGAGCUUGGAGGGCGAAAGGCAGCUCUCAAGGCAGAGCUUGAAGAUCUGCACACUGAGAUCGCCUCAGUGGCCGAAAUGGUGGUCGACCAUGAGCUGCGCAAGCCAAUGAUGGACAUGCAAGAGCGGAAGGAGCAGGAUGCCACUCAGGCCCGCAGUGCCUGGCUCAACUAUGUGGUCACCACCUUGGACUACAUGGCCAAGCGCCUUGAUACGGUUACAGACUACACCAAAAACAUCGACGAGUUUCAGGAAGCAGUAGCACAUAUCAACCAAGCUGCUGCGAAACGCAUGCAGGACACGAGCAAAGAAGUGGCAAGGCCAGAGAUACGGCGAGCGAAAUCCAGUCGCAACUCCAUCUUCUCACCCGCGCUGAAAUUGAAGCCGACUAAAGCGCUCGACUUACCGGUAGCUCUCCAAGAUGCCCUUCGACACACGAGUAUCUCGUUCAAUCAGGAUAGCAUUGAGAGUCUGCAGGAAUCGCUAGCCAAGACUCAGAUUGAACGAUCGAAAAAGCUACAGGGUCACUACGAUUCAGAUUCGAGCUCGACGCAAGCCGUACUCGCCGAAAGGCUCAGCAAAGCAGAUGCUGAUUUGCGAUUGAUAUUUGGCCCACUGUACAAGCACACUCCGUUCCAGCAAGUGCGCCUGACCGACGCAAAGCUGGAGAGGGAGCUAGGGAAAAUGGAUCGAGAGUUAAACGAUGCCAGCGAGCAGCUACUGAAUGCCGAGGCCAACGGACUAAGCUUGAGCGAUCCAAAGGUGAGGGCAUUCAUUGCGAAGCACGGGAGAUGAAUCGCCCUCUGUACAUGUAGAAGUAUAGAUAAUACCAGCUGCGCUGUACAAGUGUAGCGGCUUGUGAUACUGCCUCGGCUGUGUUGUCGUUGCACCCCGUAUGCAACUCUCC